AUGCCCCCAGACCCUCCCAUCAAGCAGAACUCGGCGUCCCGCCAGCGUCGCGCUGCCCGCAAGGAUAGCGAGGAGCUCAAGUCCGAGAGCAGCACCUAUGCGCGCGAGAUCGAGCUCAAGCGCAGCAGAGGCGAAAUCUCGUGUGCCGAGUGUCGCAGGUGCGAUCAUCGCAUUCGCUGUGACAAGACAAUCCCAUGCCAGUCGUGUCAGCGGAGGGGAUGUGCAGCGUUAUGUCCGAACGGGAGCCUCGCGACGGGUCAAGGAACUCGGUUCGUCCUUGCUGCCACAGAGCAUCUGCACCGCCGAGUCGCGAAGAUGAGUGAGAGGAUAAGGGAAUUGGAAGAUGCGCUCGCGAUUGUUCAAGCCAAGUGUAGCGACCAGCCCCAUCCACUACUCGUGGACGGCGAUAUCCCCGUCAUGAAGCAAGACCCACCUAUGACAGAACAAAUACCCAUCGGCUCACGGACUAUGCUAGACUCCUUCGGGAUGUUGUCUCUGUCGGAUUACGGUGCCUCCUCAACCUUCUUUGGUCCUACGGGAGGCUCAGAGUAUUUGCUGGUGGACGACCGCGAUCCGUCCGGAUCCUCUACAUGGGACGACAGUGACCCAGCCGAUUCACCGCGCAACUCAAGAAGUCCUCCAAUGUCGGAGCGAGUCUUGCGAGCUUCGGACUCAUUCCCUUUUUCAUUUGCGGGGGCAUCUUCGGAUGUGCAUGAAUCGCUGCUCGAGCAGUUACCCUCUCACGAGAGAGCAUGCCGCCUGGCGGAGUUAUACGUGGAACACGCGGCAUGGCUAUUUAGGGGGGUCACAACGGAGCAGAUCAUGGGCGAGAUGGUGCCCUUCAUCUAUGGCCAACCCGUCGAGACUGAAGAUGGCGCUCCAGUUGAAUACAGCAACCCUCACGACCUCGCGCUUCUGUAUCUCAUUUUUGCCAUUGGCUGUCUAGUAGACUUCAACCACGAGCCUGAGAGUACGGAAGCAGCGAAAUACGAAAGGCUCGCCCGCGCUGCGAUGAGCCUGAAGUCCGUAUGGGUCAAGCCAUCCCUAACCACGGUUCAGGCGCUGCACCUGUUCAGCAUCUAUAAUGGCAUGGCUGAAGACGAAUCAAGGCCCGACAGCAUGUCCAUGGAGAUUUCCUGGGGCGAACUAUCCCUAGCUGCUCAAAUUAGUCAGAUUCUUGGUCUUCAUCGGGAUAGUUCGCGAUGGGGUCUACCCGAAAAGAUCGUCUACCGACGCCGUCUCCUAUUCUGGAACAUCUUCGAGGCAGAUGCGUGGCAGUCUCUGGGCACGGGACGACCACCCAACUUUAGCCGCAAUUAUGUCGAUUGCCAGGCUGCCCAGGCACACGAUCUUAUCGAGAGGGACGACAUGGACACAGUCUUUGAGGAGUUCUUCAUGCGAUUCUCAUACGAGUGUGUCGCCGAAGUUGCCAUGAAGACCCUUGCAGCGGAGCCGCCAACCUACGAGACAAUCAUGGAGCUGGAUCGACACGUUCGCGACUUCCAAUUACCGCCGGAAGCAGUAGCCAUUCUGGAAGACUUGGCCCCCCCACCAGAUAGCGAGCCCCCCACGGUGAUCAACUCGAUGGAGAGUAUGGUGAUGGCUCAUUGCCGGGAAGUCCUCUUGAUGUACAUCCACCGGACGUUCUUCGCGCAGGCGAUUAUGGACUGUCCAAUGAACCCAGUCAAGAGCGAAUACGCUCAUUCGUUCCUGACUGCGUACAGGGCUGCGGUUGUCAUACUGAAGACCGUCAAACAGCAGUUUGGCAUGUACCCGAGCCUGUGUGCGCGCAUCUGGCCGAUAUGGACGUAUGCUUUUUCAGCAGCCGUUGUCUUCGGGAUGGUGGCGACUCGCGGGCCCAAAUCGCCGCAGGCGCCACAGGCCAUGGCAAAUCUGGAGAUUGCCUGCGAACUCUUCGCGCAGGCCUCGCAGCACAGUCGCCGCGCUGCCAGAGCGAAUGGCGUCAUUGUGAAGCUGCGAGAGAAAGCGUUGGCUUCCCUGGCCGCCGCAAGAGGUACCUCGCUGACAGUGCCUAUACCCAGUGGCUCUGGCUUCAAUGUCAAAGGCUACGAACAACGAGAUGAGCUGGAGAUCUUCGCCGGUCGCAGGACUGUCUCCGCUUCGAGCGCCCCCAGGCGCGCUUCUCUGUCGCCUGCGCGCCCAGGCACGUCUGCACAGGCAGGACAAAUGGCUUCUCCCACAUCAUCUGACUCUCUGGCAUCCCACGCGUCAUUCCUGCCUCUUCCACAUCAGCAAAACGCCGCUCCGCCCUACUCGAUACCCGGUCCCGCCAACAUAGGUGGCUGGACCUUGCAGCAACAACAGCAACAGCAACAGCAACAGCAACAGCAACAGCAGCAGCAGCAGACCCCUAUGCAGUCGUACCCUCACUCUGACCAAUGGUACCGACAAGGCGUAUAUCCUCAACCACACGCGACGCAGGAGGUCCCAUGGACUGACGCGCACCAAAAUCCUCCCCAUGCCCCUGUGCCGCAGCAGCAGCACGAGGGUAUCAUGCAAUCCUACCACCACCAUCCGCAACUAGGCGGCGUCCAGAACUUUCGUCAUCCUGGUCAUGUCUACUCUGGUCCGGCCACAUAUCAGGGUGUUCACACACCUUAUGAGCCUCCGCCGGAGCUGGUGGACCUCGGACUUGCGUCUCGGGAGGGAAACCUUGACGCGAGGUGGACGUCUCUCAUGCACGAAUCCGGCUUCCUAGACGACGUCAACUUCAGGACUUGAGUAGCUGCUGCCAAAUGAUCUGCGCAUGUUCAUGUGGUCGCUGCCGGGGUUAGCCCCGCUCAGCCGCUCCCUUCUCACUUUCCGUUCUCAUGGGGAUUCUCGCGGACUUUCAAGGGAGAUUGUCUGUAAUUUGUACUCGUCGGUCGCUGUAAUGUUGUACAGUACUAUGUAUCGCUUUCGAUGGUAUCUGUUGUCGUUUCGGGAUUUCUGCGCCGUUUCCUACUGUACUGCCUUAUGUAAUAGACAAAUGUUGGGGAC